AUGUCUAACAUGGAUCGAUUUACUAUCAACUCCCAACUGCAGCAUCUGCAGAGUAAAUAUCCAGGAACAGGAAAUGCAGACACUACUAAGCUGGAUUGGGGGACAAAUAUUCAGAGAGAUACUUUGGCGUCCCAUGUGGGACACUACAGCAGGUUGGCGUACUUCGCUGUUGCGGAGAACGAAUGCAUCAAGAGGAUUCGUCUUCGAUGCCUUGCUCAAAUGAUACACCCUACAGCGGUGCUGCCUAGCGACAGUGCAGCAGCAGCAGCAGGAGAGACAGAUAAAGAAGCAGCAGCAGCAGCAUCAAAGGAGACAAUAGAGGAGGAAGAAGAAACAAAAGAGGAGCAGCAGCAGCAGCAGCAGCAGCAGCAGCAGCAGGAUGAUGAUGAUAAGGAUAUGGACAUGGAGGGAGAUGACGUCUAA